GCUGGGUUGGGGCGAAAGGUGGCGGUGGCCCAUGUUCAGGUUAUUUUUGCAAGGUAGCGCAGGUUGAAAUAUGCAGAUUUUCGUCAAGACUUUGACUGGGAAGACCAUCACGUUGGACGUGGAACCGUCCGACUCGAUUGACAACGUCAAGCAAAAGAUCCAAGACAAGGAAGGCAUCCCGCCUGACCAGCAGCGCUUGAUCUUUGCCGGCAAGCAAUUGGAAGAUGGCCGCACCUUGAGCGACUACAACAUCCAAAAGGAAUCGACGUUGCACUUGGUGCUCCGCCUGCGCGGUGGUGGUAAGGUGCACGGUUCGCUGUCUCGUGCCGGUAAGGUGAAGAACCAAACCCCCAAGGUGGCCAAGAAGGAAGACACGAAGAAGCAAAAGCGUGGCCGCGCCAAGAAGCGCAUCCAGUACAACCGUCGCUUCGUCAACGUCGUGGGCGGCGCCGGCGCCAAGAAGUUGGGCCCCAACUCCAACGCCCCCAAGAACUAAGUUGUUGAUCCAACUCUGUCCUUGUCGACCUUUGCAUAGGGGAGAGCGAGCGACUUCUCUCUCUCUCGGUCCUUAGCACACCUUGUUUAAUACAGCAUGCCUCGAACGUGCAUGUUUCCGCCGAGUUUCAACCCUCAGCUGCCUCC